AUGCUUCGCUAUAUCGUUCCGAUCAUACUGGUACUGGGGAAUAUCGCUUAUUUGUUUACUGCCGCACUUUUCAGCAUCAUAGGCAGCUAUUGUGCGCUCAUUCCUUUCAUAUACGCUGCUUAUUAUCCUGAUCCCUUCGGUCGAUUUCUUAUCCUCUGCCGUCUGCGAUUAUACAUUGGUUAUAUCUGCGCAAUGACUUUCCGUUCAAUGAUCGUUCUCGCUACGAUCGAUCGUUAUGCACUGACAAGUUCUCGCUCAACAUUUCGAACUUUUGCUUCGAUUUCAACCGCUCGACGAGCAAUUAUCACAACUUUUCUGUUCUGGAGUGCUGCUGGCUUUCAUUUACUCAUCGGACCACGUAUUGAAAAUAAUCGGUGUCUUCUCUACGGUCUCUACGGCUUUCUCUUCAGCGUUUUUCAACUGCUUUCUUUCGGUAUCCUUCCAAGUGUUCUGAUGAUCGUCUUUGCUUUGCUCUUAAUUAAAAACAUUCGUCAAUCUCGCACGCGUUCAGGAUCACAUUAUACGAAGAGUUUCCUUCGAAAACGAGAUCGAAACUUGAUUGAACUUAAAAUAAAAUAUUAUUCUGCUCUUAAAUACCUGAGACAUCAUGAUCAUUACUAA